CGAAACCGACCUUACAAAGUCUUCGCCUUUUGCUUCUCUAUAUAAAUCAUCCCAGAAAGAAAAAUCAACAACCCACCUCUCUCUUUCCGUCUGUGUUUCUUCGUAAAUCUCAGCGUUUUCCGAAAUCCAUAGCCAUGUCUCAGACUGUUGUCCUCAAGGUUGGUAUGUCAUGUGAAGGCUGUGUUGGAGCCGUGAAAAGGGUUCUGGGCAAAAUGGAAGGUGUCGAAACAUAUGAUAUCGAUUUGAAGGAGCAGAAGGUGACUGUGAAAGGCAAUGUGCAGCCUGAGGCAGUUCUGCAGACUGUUUCAAAAACUGGGAAGAAGACUAGCUUCUGGGAAGCAGAAGCACCAGCAGCAUCUGAAGAGAAGCCUGCUGAAGCCGUGGCUGCUGCUUAAGAGUCUUCACUCUGGUUGCUCUGCUAUAAAUGAAUUAUUAUAGAUUGUCGAACUUAAUAUAGCAUGAUAUUGUGUGGACUAUGUAUGUAGUGAGUGUACUUCAACAAUAGAUGUAAGCUACAAUAACUUCUUGCUUGGCAUAUACCUUCUGUACAAGCAAUUAAAGAGACAUCGAGUUUCUUGUGUUA